CUUGUUUUCCUCGCCGAGGUGAUUUGUCUGUUUUCUCCCUUCUCAGUCGCGGUCUGUGCUUUUGUUUUUGGUUUUUUUGUUUUUUGUUUUUUUUCGUUGCAGACCUGCCCAGUGUGUCUGCUUUUUGGUAAGAGCGUGGGAGCCAAAUAUUAACUCGGCAAUAUUACAGAAGUGUGCGAGGAGAGGACAGUGUUGGCAUCUGUCCAUGCGCGCUUCACACCGGGCUUAUUUAUUAUGGAACUGUGACCCCAGGUACAACACAUGCUUUCCCUAUCAGUACUUUUUCCCCCCCAAGUGUUUUCAUGUAAGCACGGGGUAUUUUGAGGGUACCUCGGGCAAAAUGCUCUGAAUGUCGGUCUGUCAGUGUCAGUGACGCAACAUCUCACACUGGCUGCAUGAGAAAUACAUGCGUCGAAGGGCGUGAACUUGCAGACUCUAACCACCUUCCCAUUAAUAAAGCAUCUACUUAUCUAUAAAAGCUGUUUGCUCCUUUUGCUGCUUGAUUCAUCUAAACUCAUCCCGGGAACAUAAUGGAUCUCAAAGCGGACUCGGAGGACAUGGACUACAAGCGACCGGCUCCUAUUGAAGUUUUCGCCAGCAGGUCCACGCUGCAUGGCAUCUCGCACAUGUUCACUUAUGAGCGGAUGUGUAUCAAGCGCAGCCUGUGGAUUUUGUUCUUCCUGGGCUCCGUGGGUGUGCUGGUAAUGGUGUGCGUGGACCGGGUGCAGUUCUACUUCCAGUACCCGCAUGUCACCAAGCUGGAUGAGGUGGCGGCUCCGAUGAUGGUGUUCCCUUCGGUCACCUUCUGCAACCUCAACUCUUUCCGCUUCAGCCGGGUGACCCGCAACGACUUGUACCACGCCGGGGAACUCCUUGCCUUGCUCAACGGCAGAUAUGAGAUCCGGGACCCGCACCUGGUGGAGGAAAAUGUCCUGCAGGUCCUGAAGGAGAGGGCCGACUUUGACAACUACAAGCCCCGCCCGUUCAACAUGCGCGAAUUCUACGAUCGAACGGGCCACGACAUCAAGGACAUGCUGCUUUCCUGCUACUACCGAGGCAUGGAGUGCAGUGCUGAAGACUUCAAAGUGAUAUUCACGCGCUAUGGAAAAUGCUACACCUUUAAUUCAGGCCAAGAUGGACGACCCUUGUUGGUGACGAUGAAGGGUGGGAUGGGCAAUGGCCUGGAGCUGAUGCUGGACAUCCAGCAGGAUGAAUACUUGCCUGUAUGGGGAGAGACUGACGAGACAUCGUUUGAAGCAGGGAUCAAAGUUCAGAUCCACACCCAGGACGAGCCGCCGUUCAUAGACCAGCUGGGCUUCGGAGUGGCUCCCGGGUUUCAGACCUUUGUGUCCUGUCAAGAACAACGGCUGACGUACCUGCCUCCGCCGUGGGGGGACUGCAAGGCCACGCCGAUGGACUCAGACUUCUUCAGCUCUUACAGCAUCACAGCCUGCCGGAUUGACUGUGAGACACGAUACCUGGUGGAGAACUGCAACUGCAGGAUGGUCCACAUGCCUGGAGAUGCCCCAUACUGCACCCCGGAGCAGUACAAAGAGUGUGCAGAUCCUGCCUUGGACUUUCUUGUUGAGAGGGAUAAUGACUACUGUGUGUGUGAGACUCCAUGCAACAUGACACGCUACGGUAAAGAGAUGUCCUUUGUCAAGAUACCCAGCAAAGCCUCAGCAAAGUAUCUUGCCAAGAAAUUUAACAAGACGGAGCAGUAUAUAUCUGAUAACAUUCUGGUUCUGGAUAUCUACUUUGAAGCGCUGAACUACGAAACCAUUGAACAAAAGAAAGCCUACGAAUUGGCAGGCCUUCUGGGUGAUAUUGGUGGCCAGAUGGGCCUUUUCAUCGGAGCCAGCAUCCUCACCAUUCUCGAACUCUUUGACUAUCUAUAUGAGGUGAUCAAGUACAAGCUGUGCCGAUGCGUGAAGAAGAAACACAAAGGCCGCAACAACAAUGACCGGGGAGCUGUGCUGAGCCUGGAUGAUGUGAAACGUCAUGCUCCUUGCGAGAACCUGCGUACACCAUCAACAUAUCCUGGCAACAUGCUACCUCAUCACCCGGGCCAGGGUAACUUUGAAGACUUCACUUGCUGAGCAGACCCGAGUGAAGCAUCAAAGUGCGUGUUAUGCAACCAAAGCCAACCCUACAACAAGAACUAUCCAACACGUGGAGCACGAGGAACUGAUAUGAAGUCUAACAGAGGCACUUUUUUCGUAGAAACGGAGGACAAAUCAAAUACAACAAAGAACUUUCACCUGAGGCCAAGUGGAGAGGAUAUCCCAAAAAUAAAUAUAUCUGUUAACUUUUCAGAUUUCAUGCAGCACUCUAAACUCUUCUAUCUGUGUGUUUUUCUCUGGAAUACUGCCGCAAAGGAUGCUCAUGGAGAAACCCUGCCAACACGGACCUCUCUUUCAAAAGACGAAAAAAACAUGUAAAAACAAAUAAGGGAAAAUGUACAGUUAUGUCACCAUAAACAGGUGAUCAGAAAAAAAAGAGCCCCCAUGCCUUUAUGUAACACAGCAACACACACAAUUGUUUUACACAACACCGGCCUGCUAGUAGGACAAAUACUCAUACUGCUUACUCCAAUGUACAUGUAGCAACAUCUGUAACUGUUGCAGUGCUCCAUAAAACAACAGCUGGACUAUGUGUAGUUUGUUUGAGAAUGUAUCUAUGUUCACAAUGAGUGUAGUCGGAUGUGCUGGGAAAUUUUCGGGGGGGUUGUGAUGGCAGUGGUAGUGGUAGAGGUGCAUCAUCUACCAUUUAAAAUGUACUGGUGAAGAUUUCAGGUCUCAUCAUGUAAAUGCAUGCUUGUAUUUGUCCAGUGCAUGUUUUUCCAUUUCAUAUCUAAUUUUGAUUUUUUUAUAUAUAUACAUAUACAUAUAUGAAUAUUAUAAUUACCAAGUUUGCCUCAAUGAUAUACAGGAAAAGGAAGAUGAAACAUCCCAUAAAUUUCUGUGUAUGCGUGUAGCUAUGCAGUAUGUUUGUGUGUGUGUGUGUGUGUGUGUGCGUAUGCGUGUGCGUGUAGGCUCACCUGUGUUCAUGGGUGCCAACAUCAGUACCCAAGCGGGGUACAGCAAGUGUUUGUUGAUUUUGCAGAUGGAUGAACUGCACCUAAUUUCUUUUCUCAUCCGUUAAUUCAUUUUCACAUGUGCCAGAUGAAUUGAGGAGUCUUCAUUCAACUUCAUUUACUCUUAUCUAGACUCCAGGAUGAGGUGAGGUGGCUUUUUUUUUUGUUUCUUUGUUUAGUUUUUUUGUUGGUUUUUUUUUUUUUUGUUGUUUUUUUCUAGCAGAGUUGAUUGCUGAAAUCCUUGGAGUUUUGUGGGGCUGUUAAAAUUUUUCUGUAUCUGUGUUCUAGUUGCAAAAGUCUUAUCAAAGCACAAUACCGCCAGUAUGUAGAGGUGAUGUAAAAGAAAAUGUACUAUUCUUCUUGAUAUAUUGUCAUAUUAUUAAUAUUGUGAUGAUCCAACUGUUUUUCAGUUGUUUUUUUCUUUCAUAUAAAACAUACUCAAUAUUGCCUGAUAAUCCUGUCUCCAUCAUCCAGGUAAUAGGCUGGUCUAUUUAGUUAUCAAAGCAUAAAUAAAAUGUAAAUAUCAUUUUGGAAAAUUGUUAUUCUUCUGAAGUUUUAUUCUUCUUAGUGAAUUUCCUCUCUGAAGCCUUUGUUUGUCACUUUGGUUGAAUAGCUAAAUAGGCAAAGCAGUGUAUUUUUCAACUCCAGAUACUGUGCAAGUGUUCAUUUUCAAUCACAAGUAGCUCUCAGAAAAUCUGAUUACGCAUUCAGCGCUUCAUCUAAGGCAUUUUUCUAUCUCUGUUUUCUCCAAUCAACAAGUUAUCUUGUGUUUUGCCUCUUUCAAAAUUUUCUUGGAAUUAAAUCAGCAUUAAGUGAAAGGUUUGGGGGCAGGAGUCUGGUAUUAAACUAGAUAUUGCUUAUCUGCUUCAACCAUUCAUUUGUGCUGCAGUUUAACAGCUGCAAGCAACAACAUUGGUAUUUGGAUCCCCAUAUUCUUGAAAUGUAAUUACAGUUUCAGCUGCUGUAUGACAAAAGGAUGGAUGAGAAAUAUCCUGCACAGCCAAUACAAGUUUUAUCAAGAUUGUCAGUCAGCCAGCAGCCGCACAUUCUGGACGGCUUUCCUCGUAUGCUACUGUACAUCUGGUACUGCCAACUGCCACACUUAUAUUAGAAAAGCAGCCUGGUGAUGCAUGACUCCGUUAAUAUUAAAGCCCAGUUAUCCGCCUCUAAACAUGGUCUGCCUUGAAAAUCGUGUUUGUUGCUCAGUCCGCUGCACAUCAGUCCACUGCUACCAGACAUUUAGGGUUAUUCUAGGAUGAAAAGUUUACUUUUGCCUUAUAAUUUUUUCAUGAUUUCUUUUAGUGGCAAACCAAACAUCGACAUUGUUCGUCAAAUGUGAGUGUGCAUUCAUUUUUUAUUAUUCAAAAGAGAAACCUCAGCUGGUAACCAAGCAUUAAUAUACAAGUGUUAAAGCUCCUGGGAACCAGCUCCAACAUCUGAUGAAGAUUUUUUCCUGUUUUGAAUGUGUGAAACAUGAUUUUGCCCCCUGAUGGUUUUAUUAUUUUCUGUUGUACCUGCCAAGAAGACAAAUUAAUCAAGAAAUAAAAGAUGAUGCUGUU